CCCUUGUAGUGAGAUUCCUGACCAAGCGCUUCAUCUGGGAAUAUGAUCCCACUCUUGAAUCAACCUACCGACACCAAGCAACCAUUGAUGAUGAAGUUGUCUCCAUGGAGAUACUAGAUACUGCUGGUCAGGAAGACACCAUCCAGAGGGAAGGACACAUGCGGUGGGGGGAAGGCUUUGUGCUGGUUUAUGACAUUACUGACCGAGGAAGUUUUGAGGAAGUGCUACCACUCAAGAACAUCCUGGAUGAGGUCAAGAAGCCCAAGAAUGUGACUCUCAUCUUGGUCGGAAACAAAGCUGACCUGGACCACUCCAGACAGGUUAGUACCGAAGAAGGGGAGAAGCUGGCCACCGAAUUGGCAUGUGCUUUCUAUGAGUGUUCUGCCUGCACCGGAGAAGGGAACAUCGCCGAGAUAUUCUAUGAGCUGUGUCGAGAGGUGCGCCGCAGGAGGAUGGUCCAGGGCAAGACGAGACGACGCAGCUCCACCACGCAUGUCAAGCAAGCCAUUAACAAGAUGCUCACUAAAAUCAGCAGUUAGGCUGCACUGUUCUUGCAAAGUCCCUGCUGAGGCGGGCCAGGUACUUGGAAACACUUUCUUGCCCUCUUUCCCCCCGCCAAAAAAAUAAAAGAAAACACUCCGUUCCUUGUUCUGACUCUGGGAAAUGCCUGGGCUUCCCAUUGUCCCAGGCUUCCUACAUGUUGGAAGUCAUAGGGUGUUUUAUGCCAUAUUAGUGCUGACAGUGUCUCCCUUUCCUGCUUGAAUAAGAUACACUCUAUUGCAGUUUGAACCUGUAAUCACCAGAGAUUCUGAAAUGGCUGGGUUCAUAUUGAGCUAUUUUUAGGCAUCCUCACCUUGCUUCAAUAGUUUGGAGGCUUUCAAAGGCAUUUUUAAAUUCCAUUCCCUGUCAAAGACUGCAAAUGAUCGUCUUAAACGUCUAAGGUGAUAGAAAAUCCAGUAAAAACCCAGGAAGAGAAGCUGAGACAGUGGAGCAGGGAAUAGAGCCCUGGUUCCCUUUUGAAAUGAGGACUUUCUUAAUUAUCAUACAUCAUCUAGUUUUUCUUUAACCCUUGUUCUUAAAUUCAAACGUGUUCUCACAAAGUUUUCCACUGUAGUAGAGUUCCCAUUUCAAUUUGAGCGGGCUCUCUCAGUGAGUUAUUGAUCAUUGUUCUGAUUCCUCUUCUGUGGCUUCAGUAAGAGUUCAAUAUAAGAGAGGCAGAAUUGAUCUUCAGAUCCUGCUGGGCCAUUUCUCACAAAGCCCUGGGCAAUGUAAAGACUUCAGAAGUUUUUUCACUAAACUCUGACUUUAUUGAAUGCUAUUGGAGGAGUUAGGUUAGAGCUGUCUGAUUCAUUUGUCUCUCUGCUUAUCAUCUUAGCAGAAAGAAAGUAGUCCAGAAAAAAAAAAAAAAAGAAAAAAAGAAAAAUUAAGAAUGAAGCUGAACCAACCUUCCACUGGGGGAGCCAGUAAGAAAAAUUAGCCUCUGAUUCAUUAAAUUGGCUACAUGACUUCUUCUCAUUUUUAGGAUAAGUUAAUUCACUUAGAAUUCAGAAAAGAGUGAGUGAUUAAAGUUCACUAUACCUGAAUAAGUGUGUAUAAAACAGAUUCUUCUAUUGUGAAAGUGCAGUCUAUAACUGAUAAAACUUUAUGAUUUUUUUUUCCCUCUUCCGCCCCCAUGUAUCAAGAUUUGGGCACUUUAUUUUAGAAGAAAAUAUAUAUCUUUUACAUAUGUGUGUAUUUAUAAAUGCAUAAGUAUAUGUAUAAGAAUUUGUAAGAGUUCGAGGCUUUAAUUCACCAAUGCAUUUGGACAAUUUGGUGUAACUAUUUUAUGUGAUAUAAUAAAAAGCAUAAUUUUC